CGUUAGUUUGUCCAAAAAUAAAGGGGUUAAAAACGGUUGAGUUUACCUUUCGGGCAUUUGGCUAAAACACAACUUUUUCAUUAUUCAGUGAGCGUUCAAAUUGUUCAUCAUGUUUUCCAAUUCCUCAUCCGAACCAAACCCUAACCCUAAUCCCAAAAUCCCUCGACCUUCAUCCUCAAUCAAGCCAGUCAAAUUCAAACGCAAGAACAUAAAUUCCCAGAACCAGAAGAAGAUUAAUAUGCCGAUGAGGAUGAAAAAGAAGGAGAAGAUGAAGAACCGUAAUUGGUUAGACCUUCCCGAUGAAAUUUGGUUUAUGAUUCUUUCAAAAAUAAACACAAUUGACAUUAUCGAAAAUGUUCAGCUAGUUUGUACGAUGUUCCAUAAUUUCUGCAAACAACCGACUAUGUUCAAGGUCAUUGAUAUGACUGUUCCAAAUGAUGAUUACUUGAAAUGGCGCGACUAUGUUAAUGCUAUCACUCAAAUUGCUGUUGAUCGUAGUUCUGGCUGUUUGAUUGAUAUCUAUUUGGAAAAUUUAUGCGACGAAGCUACUUUGUGGGACGUCGUUUGGAGUUCAAAGAAUCUUAAGCAUCUCCGACUUGGCCACCAUGUUAACAUCUCUGACCGGGACUUGGUUGAAGCUGUAAAAGUGCUUCCAAUGCUCGAGGAACUGGAGCUUAUUAUCUGUUGUUUCUACAACAGCACUAUUGAAGUUGUUGGUCGUGCCUGCCCUUCAUUAAAAUCAUUCAGCCUAAAUGCGGUUUGUUUUAGAGAUGAUAAUUAUACGUGCAAUUAUGAUGUCAUGGCCAUUGCUAGAAGCAUGCCUAAUUUACGAAAUCUCCAACUGAUUGGGAGCUGUAUGACAAAUGAAGGCCUAAAAGCAAUUCUUGACGGGUGUCCUCUUCUUGAUUCUCUUGAUUUGCGCUCAUGUUUUCGUAUUGAUUUAUCUGGGGAGUUGGGUAAAAGGUGUGAACAGAUCAAGCACUUUCGGAAACCUAAUGACUCCAUUGCAGAUUAUAGGCACCAAGUUUGCAAGUGUGAUGAGGAUGAUGGUUCCCCUUCGGGGCAUUUGUAUUGUAGGAAGAUAACUGCGGGGGGUGCCUCCUAUCCAGAGUGGGAUGAUGACCUUGAAUACAUUGACCCUGACCAUGUUGAUGAAGACCGUUUAUUUGGCUAUGACAACGUUGAUGAAAUCCCUGAAUACAUUGACUAUGGCCAAGUUGACCAAGCUGAUCAUGCUUACAAUGUUGAUGAUUAUCCUGAAUUGAACAAAGACAUUGAAUUCACGGAUAAUGACGAUAUGAGCUAUGAUAUGUAUUACUCUCCUCUUUCAAGUCCUGAGCCUGAGCGUGUGAUGGACUAUGAUGAAUUUCUUUCACUUCUGUGACUGAUUUUCAGUUCUUUUGUGGCCUUGCUGGAUCGACAACCGGGUUUGCUUGUUGUGUCGGAAUAUUAGCCUAGUUAGUCUUGAUGGUUCUACAAUAGUUUUUACCCGUUUGUCUUAGUCUGAUUACUAGUAUAGUACCCGUGCGAUGCACGGUUUAUAAUCUAAAAAUAAAUUUAUAUGAAACCUAGUAGAUUAUAGAUAUUCUCCAAGUUAAAAAUAAAUAUGAUAGAUAAUUUGUUAUUGCUCA